AUGUUGGCAAGAUAUGUAUUUCCUUGUUUGGAUGAGUGUCAGUGCGAUACAGAUGACGAAGUAAUCUAUUGUCAUAAUGGUCAUCGAACUACACUUGAGUUGCCGGAAAUUCGUUUACGGGGUUUCAUAGUGAUAGGAUUGACAAAUAAUGCAAUCAAGAAGCUUCCUAACGAAAAAUCUCUCUUGGAAUUGUUUCCGGAUCUAAUGGCCAUUGACGUGGAAGGCAAUGCACAGUUUGACUGUGAGUCGCUGAAAGAAUACAAAGAAAUUAAAAUAUACAGUGAUUGUAACGGGACCGAAAUGCUGGUAACGAGAAAUCAUAGGUUACCGAAUAUUCAAGAGCAGACUGACGUAAGCUUCAUUUUUGUUAUAAAGAAUAACAAAGCACUUUAUAACACUGCUGUCUUCCAUUUGUAUCGUUUAAAUAACCGAUAUAUGCGACUUCCAAUGCCAGGUGAACAAACACUACAAAAUGCUGUACAACUAUCUGGUGAAAUUAUGGAAGGUAAAAAUUUUUUGCUAAAGACGAAGUAUAACGAUAUUGACAAGGAUAAAAUUGUCAAGGAUGUGAAGGACUUCUUUGUUAAUAUUGCGAAGAAAAUUGAUCAGUUACAUAUGAAAUAA